CUCUCCUUAUCCGCAGUGCCUCGGGAGCAACAUGGCCACGCGACCAACAACAACAACAUCAACAACAACAACAACAGCCUGCACGGCCACCACCACCACCACCACACCCGCCCUCGUCCCCACCAUGAGCCACACCUCCACCGCCGCCCCCACCUCGUCCACCUCCUCUUCGAGCGCCUCCCACGCCCACCAGUGCAGCCACCCGUCUACUUCCACCGCGCCCGCUAGCAAAGCGUCGGGCGCGGGGGAGGGGGGGGGGUGCGGCCCGGGCGGGGGAGGAGGGGAGGGACGGGGACAGAGAGGGAGAGGCUGUACCGAGUGGACAAGACGGUGGACGAGAGGGGGAAGGUCGUGUCCAAGGUGCUGGGCAAGGGGGGCUUCGGCACCGUCUACGCGGGCACUCGCAUGAAGGACGGCGCGCCCGUGGCCAUCAAGCUCAUCGCCAAGGACAGAGUGCCAGCCUGGGGAGUGGUAAACGGCCAAAGAGUGCCAAUGGAGGUGGCACUGCUCCUCCGCGUGGCCCACAUUCCCCAGGUGGUUCGGCUCCUGGACUGGCUCGAGAGGGACGACUCCUUCCUGCUGAUCCUCGAGCGUCCUGAUCCUUGCAAGGACCUCUAUGACUACGUGACGGAGAGAGGACCCUUGCCGGAGGGUGAGGCUAGGGAUCUCAUGCUACAGGUCGUGAGCAUGGUCCUGGCGUGUCACAUGGCGGGCGUGAUCCACCGCGACAUCAAGGACGAGAACCUCUUGGUCACCACGGACCGCCACGGACGCGUCGCCCUCAAGCUCAUCGACUUCGGGUCUGGGGCUUUCUUCGUCAGGGACAAGGUCUACACGGACUUCGAGGGGACGAAGGUCUACUCGCCGCCCGAGUGGAUCCUGCAGAACCAGUACCAGGGCGUGCCGGCCACCGUGUGGUCGCUGGGCAUCCUGCUGUACGACUUCGUGUGCGGGGACAUCCCCUUCGAGUACGAGGACCAGAUCGUGUCGGCGCGGCUGCAGUUCCGCGGCUCGCUCUCGGAGGAGUGCCAGAGCCUGAUCCGCUGGUGCCUGCGCGUCAGCCCCGGCGACCGCCCGAGCCUCGAGCAGAUCCUGCAGCACCCGUGGCUGAUGCUGCGGGCGCGCGACGCCCUCACGCGCUCCAUCUCCACCCGCAGCGCCCCCGCCUGCGCGCCCUCCUCGCUGGCCGCCUCCGCCCACGCGUCGGCCACGUCGCCCGUCGGCUCGCUGGGCUCCGUCGGCUCGUCGCACAGCUCGGGCUCCCUGCCGCCCACGCCGCGCCCGCAGGAGAGGCUGGACUUCCCCUCGUCGUCGUCGUCGUCGUCGGCGCACGUCGUGGCCUCGACCUUGUGACGUCAGCGACCCUUAACCGCGUCUUAGUCCCCGGCCGCGUCCGCUCGCCGCGACCCCGCCCCGCCGCCGCCGCCGCUCCGCCUUGAGGAGCAGCAGCCAGCCCGCCCUCCGCCCCGCCGCCCCCCCCCCUCCCCUGCUGCGUCGCGGCGGGCGUGGGCGUCGCGAGGGCGCGUCGCGGAGAGAGCGCCGCGCCCUUCUACCAAAGCCCCGGUCGCCUCCGGGAAUCCAUCACUGUACAUAGCGUCAUCAUCUUCGCAUAUUUGCCAUCAUUAUUAUUUUCUCCUUUUUGUGCGUGUGUGUGUUGCGUCAUCAUUUGGACGGAAUUUUUCGUUUUAUUCCUUUGGGAGUCAAGUCGUACGCCCAAAUCGGCCUUUAAAGGUUGUCGUUCUCUGCCUUCGAAGGAAAGUCAGAAGCGACGACCUGUUCGAUUCCUUCCUAUUAUUAUUAUUGUCAUUAUUAUUAUAAUUGUAAUUAUCAUUAUUAUGACUAUUAUUAUUAUUAUUCAUUAUUAUUAUUUAAAACCUUUCUAAUCUCUUCUUAUGUUUACUGUGUGUGCAUUUAGAUGGGUUUCUUGUAUUUUCUUUCUUCCUUUCUCUCUCUCUCUCUUUCUCUCAACAUGAGUGGCACAUCUAGUUGCAAGAGAAGGUCAGACCAGGUCACCAGGUCAACCCCCCUUUCCCUCGUGUUCUUAAGGGGAAAGACAAAGGUCAACUCCCCGUGGUUUUUGGAGGGGAAAUAGACCUUAUGUACGUUGUCCCUUAGAGUGCCGAAGGGGUUGAGAAGACCUGUUUUUUUUUUUUUUCGUCUUUUUUCGUAUUUUAGGAAUCCAUUUUAUUAUUAUUAUUAUUGUUCUCUUGUUUCUGUUAUUCCUCCUCUUUUCUAAGAUGACUUUGUCGUUAUUUUUCUCCUCUCUCUAUCUAUCUUGUCUAUCGCAUUUCUUCUCCCAAACCACACCUAGUCUUGUCUGUAUUCUAAAAAUACAACAGUAUUCCUUAGUAAAAAUGUAUUUUUUUCUCGUUUUUGUUUUGAACUCUCUCUCUCUCUCUCUCUCUCUCUCUCUCUCUCUCUCUCUCUCUCUCUCUCUCUCUCUCUCUCUCUCUCUCUCUCUCUCUCUCUCUCUCUCUCUCUCCCUCGUCUUCAAAUUUUCUCAUUGAUUCAUAUAUCAAUAAAUUACCUCUUUCUUUCACCGCCCCUUACAUUCCAUUGAUUUUUCUUUUUUUUCUUUUUUUUCAGUGAAUAAGUAUUGAUGUAAAUAUUGAUAGACCUUCUUUUCUUAUUCGUGUCUCCUUCCUUUCCUUCAUUAUUUUAUAAAAAAAAGAAAGAAUAAGGGUUCGCAUUGCUGCUUUUUAUAAUAGAGUAUUCGAAGAUUUAUUUAUUGUAUUUAUUUAUGGGCUGACACUCGUCUGUGUCUGGUUGAAAACGUUUAGAUAUGGGAAAGUCCCCCCUGAAAAGUAAACAAAGAAACGAAAACGAUACUCCUCUCUCUCUCUCUCUCUCUCUCUCUCUCUCUCUCUCUCUCUCUCUCUCUCUCUCUCUCUCUCUCUCUCUCUCUCUCUCUCUCUCUCUCUCUCUCUCUCUCUCUCUCUUCCCAGAUACAGUAUAGUAUAUAUAUAUACAUUUUUUUUUCUUCUUGUAUCUCGCGUAUUAUAAAUAUAUUUCCUUCCUAUUCCUCCACAUUCUCAGUUAUCACCUGUUUCUUCGUCUUAUUUACUACUCUCUCUCUCUCUCUCUCUCUCCCUCAGACAUCGCGUUUCUUCCCAUAUCUAGUAGACCAGCACACUAAACUUAUCCAUUGGUGCUAUAAAUAAUUCGCUGAGCGUAAUAUAAUUAAUGCAUUCGCUAUUCUGAAGUGAACUUGGACACCCAUGCCCCCCCCCCUCUCUUAGGAAAGACUCAAAGUCUUAGGAUCGUAAGAAAUAUUAUUUUCUCUUUCGUAAUGAUAGUAAUUAUUAAGUAUUCUUCCAUCCUGUAUUGUGAGUGUGUAUAUAUAUAUAUAUAUAUAUAUAUAUAUAUAUAUAUAUAUAUAUAUAUAUAUUAUAUAUAUAUAUAUAUGUAUGUAUGUAUGUAUAUGUAUAUAUAUACUCUUUAGCGGAUGUCUUAACGUCGCACGCAAAUAUAUAUUGUCAUUAUUUAUCUGAAAAACCCUUUUAUCAUAAGUAAUUUUAUUUCUUUAAUUAUCUCAACCGUCAAAGAUUUUUUUUUUUUUUUUUUGACAUAAUGGGACCGAACCUCUCUUCUUGAUUUAUUAUUAUUAUUAUUGUCAUUAUUAUCGUUAUUAUUAUUAUUACUUGCGCAAUUACGCCACAUAUUUAUUAAUUUAUUUUAUCGCGUCUGUCGUAGAUAAACACUAGUCAUAUAAUUAUUAAAAAAAAAC